AAUUCAUUUAUAUAUAAUUUAAUUAUAUAGAUAGUAAAUGUUUAUUUUAGAUAUUUAUUUAAUUAUAGUUGGAUUAUUAAUUUUAAUUGUAGGAGUUUUAAUUGGUGUUGCUUAUUUAACUUUAUUAGAACGGAAAGUUUUAGGUUAUAUUCAAAUUCGAAAAGGUCCUAAUAAAGUAGGUUUUAUAGGAAUUUUACAACCUUUUUCUGAUGGUAUUAAGUUAUUCACUAAAGAACAAACUUAUCCUAAUUUUUCUAAUUAUAUUUGUUAUUAUUUUUCUCCUGUAUUAAGAUUUAUUUUAUGUUUAAUAAUUUGAAUGUUAAUUCCUUAUUAUUUUAAUUUAGUUAGAUUUAAUUUAGGUAUUUUAUUUUUUUUAUGUUGUACUAGAUUAGGGGUUUAUACAGUUAUAGUUUCUGGUUGAUCAUCUAAUUCUAAUUAUGCAUUAUUAGGGGGAUUACGUGCUGUAGCUCAAACUAUUUCUUAUGAAGUUAGAUUGGCUUUAAUUUUGAUAUCUAGAAUUGUAAUAAUUAUAGAUUUUAAUUUAUUGAUAUUUAGUUUAUAUCAAAGUAUAAUUUGAUUUAUUGUGUUAAUAUUUCCUUUAGGUUUGUGUUGAAUAAGAUCAAGAUUAGCUGAAACUAAUCGAACUCCAUUUGAUUUUGCUGAGGGUGAAAGAGAGUUAGUUUCUGGAUUUAAUGUAGAAUAUAGAAGUGGAGGUUUUGUUUUAAUUUUUUUAGCUGAAUAUUCUAGAAUUUUAUUUAUAAGUUUAUUAUUUACUUUAAUUUAUUUAGGGGGGUUUAAUUUAAGAAUUUUUUUUUAUUUAAAGUUAAGUUUAGUUUCUUUUUUAUUUGUUUGAGUUCGAGGUACUUUACCUCGUUAUCGUUAUGAUAAAUUAAUAUAUUUAUCUUGAAAAAGAUAUUUACCUGUUUCAUUAAAUUUUUUAUUAUUUUUUUUAGGAUUUAAGGUUUUUUUAAUUUAAAUUAAUUAUUUUUAGUAUAAAUUAAUAGAAUUAUAAUUCUUUCUUAAGUUUUCAAAACAAAUGCUUUGUACAAGCUCAUUAAUUAAUAUUUAGUUUAGUUAAAAAUUAAAUUAUCUCAGUAUUUUCUAAUUAAAGGAUUAAUAAUAAAAUAAGAAAAAUAUAUGAUAGUUAAUAAUUGUCCAAUAAUAAUAUAUGGAUCUUCUACUGGUCGAGCUCCAAUUCAAGUUAAUAAAAUAAUAAUAGUAAUUAUUGAUCAAAAUAAUAAUUGAUUAAUAGGGUAAAAUUGAAUACCUUGAAUUUUUUUAUUAAAUGUGAAAGGUAAAAUAAUUAAAAUAAGAAUUGAUAUAACUAAUGCAAUUACUCCUCCUAAUUUAUUUGGGAUUGAUCGUAAAAUUGCAUAAGCAAAUAAAAAAUAUCAUUCUGGUUGAAUGUGAACAGGAGUUACUAAUGGAUUUGCUGGGAUAAAAUUAUCUGGGUCUCCUAAUAAAUAUGGAUUAGUUAAAGUUAAAAUAGUUAGUAAAAAUAAUAAAAUAAUAAAUCCAAUUAAAUCUUUGAAUACAAAAAAUGGAUGAAAAGGAAUUUUAUCUAAAUUUCUAUUUAAACCUAAAGGAUUAUUUGAUCCUGUUUGGUGAAGAAAUAAUAAAUGAAUUAUAGUUAUUAUUAAGAUAAUAAAUGGUAAAAGAAAGUGAAAAGUAUAAAAUCGAGUUAAUGUUGCAUUAUCUACUGCAAAUCCUCCUCAAAUUCAAGUUACAAUUUUUACGCCUAAUGAUGGGAUAGCUGAUAAUAAAUUUGUAAUAACAGUAGCUCCUCAAAAAGAUAUUUGACCCCAAGGUAAAACAUAACCUAUAAAUGCUGUUGCUAUUAAUAGAAAUAAAAUAAUUACUCCCACUAUUCAAGUAUAUUUUAAAUUAAAUGAUUCAUAGUAAAUUCCUCGUCCAAUAUGUAUGUAUACGCAGAUAAAAAAGAAUGAAGCUCCAUUAGCAUGAAGAGUACGAAUUAAUCAACCGUAAUUUACAUUUCGACAAAUAUAAUUUACUCUAUAAAAUGCUAAUUCAAUAUUAGCAGUAUAAUAUAUAGUUAAAAAUAAACCUGUUAAAAUUUGAAUAAUUAAGCAUAGACCUAAUAAAGAUCCAAAAUUUCAUCAAGAAGAAAUAUUAGAAGGUCUUGGUAUAUCAAUUAAGGAAUUAUUAAUAAUUUUUAAGAUGGGAUGUGUUUUUCGGAUUAUAUAAAAGUUUUUAUUUAUCAUUUAAUUUAAAGAAGAUCGUAAUGGACCGUAAUAAAUAUUAGUAAUUUUUACUACUGCAAUUAAAGUAAUAAAUAGGUAAAUUACUAAUAUUAUUAUAAUUAAAAAUGUUUGAUUGUUAUAUAAUUUUCUUAAGUUAAUUUUAUUUUCAUUAUUAAAAAAAAAAAUUAAUUCUGUGAAAUUAUUUAUAUCAGAAUUAAUUGAUAAAUUUAUUCAAUAUAUAUUAUUAUAAUAAAUAAAUUGAAUUGUGAUUAAAAAUAUAAUUAGAAAUAAUCUAAUUUUUUUUAGAUUAAAUGUUGGUUUAAAUAUUUCAUUUGAGGCAAUUCUUGAAACAUAAAUAAAUAAAACUAAUAAACCUCCUAAGAAAGUUAAAAAUAAAAUAUAAGAAAAUCAAUAAGUUUUAAUUAAUAUUCCAGUUAUUAAACAAGAUAAUAAUGUUUGAAAUAAAAUUAUUAAUCCUAUAGAAAGAGGGUUAUUUAAUAUAUAUAUAUAAAUUGAGAUUAUAAUUAAUAAAAUAGAAAAAAUUAUUUUUGUAAUAUCAAAUCAAGGAAUAGUUUAAAUAAAAUAAUAAUUUUGGAGAUUAUUGAUAAAGAUAUUCUUUUUCUUUGAAGUUUUUAAAGUAUAUAACUUAACUUUGAUUUACAAGACCAAUAUUUUUUAUUAAACUAUAAAAACAUAAUGAUAAUUUUAAAUAUAUGAUUUAUUUUUAUUUUAAUAUUUAUUAUUGGUAAUUUUAUUUUUAUUUCUAAAUAUAAGCAUUUAUUAAUUGUUUUGUUAAGUUUAGAAUUUAUAGUAUUAAGAAUUUUUUUUUUUAUAUUAGUUUAUUUAAUAAUAAUUGAUUAUGAUAUAUAUAUAUUAAUAGUAUUUUUAGUUUUUUCAGUUUGUGAGGGGGCUUUAGGGUUAUCAAUUUUAGUUUCUAUAAUUCGUACUCAUGGUAAUGAUUAUUUUCAAAGAUUUAAUUUAUUAUAGAAAUAAUAUUAAAAAUUUAUUAGUUUAUUAUUUUGAUUAAUUAAAUGAUAAAAUUUUUAUUUAUAUUAAUUUUUAUAAUUCCUAUAUGUUUUAUAAAAAAUAUAUUUUGAAUGGUUCAAAUAAUAUUAUUUUUAUUAAUAUUUUUAUUUAUAAAUUUAGGUAUAAGAUUAAAUUUAUUUUGUAAUUUUAGAUAUAUAUUAUCUUGUGAUAUUAUAUCUUAUGGUUUAAUUAUAUUAAGAAUUUGAAUUUCAGUUUUAAUAAUUAUAGCAAGAGAAAAUUUAUAUAAAAUAAAUUUUUUUUUAAAUUUUUUUUUGUUUAAUAUUAUUUUUUUAUUAAUUAUAUUAUAUUUAACUUUUAGUACUAUAAAUAUAUUUUUAUUUUAUUUAUUUUUUGAAGGUAGAUUAAUUCCUACUUUGAUAUUAAUUAUUGGUUGGGGUUAUCAACCUGAACGUAUUCAAGCAGGGAUAUAUUUAUUAUUUUAUACUUUAUUUGUAUCUUUACCUUUAUUAAUGGGAAUUUUUUAUUUAUAUAAUGAAAUACAAAGUAUAAUAAUUUAUUUUUUAAAAUUUAUAAAUUUAAAUAUUUAUAUGUUAUAUUUUAGUAUGAUUAUAGCUUUUUUAGUUAAAAUACCUAUAUAUUUUGUUCAUUUAUGAUUACCAAAAGCUCAUGUAGAAGCUCCAGUAUCUGGUUCUAUAAUUUUAGCAGGAAUUAUAUUAAAAUUAGGAGGUUAUGGUUUAUUACGUUUAAUAAUUUUUCUUCAAGAAAUUAAUAUAAAAUUAAAUUAUAUUUGAAUUGUAAUUAGAUUAAUUGGGGGAUUUUAUAUUAGUUUGAAGUGUUUUUCUCAGAUUGAUAUUAAAUCUUUAAUUGCUUAUUCUUCUGUAGCUCAUAUAAGAAUUGUAAUUAGAGGUAUUAUAGUAAUAAAUUAUUGAGGGUUUAUUGGGUCUUAUAUUUUAAUAAUUGGUCAUGGAUUAUGUUCUUCUGGAAUAUUUUGUUUAGCUAAUAUUAGUUAUGAACGAUUACACAGACGAAGUUUAUAUAUUAAUAAAGGUAUAAUGAAUUUUAUACCUUCAAUAAGAUUAUGAUGAUUUUUAUUAAUAUCUUCUAAUAUAGCUGCUCCCCCUAGUUUAAAUUUAAUGGGGGAAAUUAGUUUAAUUAAUAGAUUAAUAAGAUGAUCUUGGGUUUCAAUAUUUAUAUUAAUAAUAAUUUCUUUUUUUAGAGCUGGUUAUAGAUUAUAUUUAUAUUCUUUUGUUCAGCAUGGUAAGUAUUAUUCAGGAGUUUAUAGAUAUUAUACGGGAGUUUCUCGUGAAUAUUUAAUAUUAAUUUUACAUUGAUUACCUUUAAAUAUUUUAAUUAUAAAAAUUGAUUAUAGAAUAAUUUGAUUUUA